GGGGACCGAUAUUUUGGAGGGUGGCUGUUCACAAAAUCUGUUUAUAGAUAUUCAUCCUCGUGAGCCAUGGAUUCUGUUCAUGCCUGAUGACAAAUCCGUACAAGUGUGGAAUUAUGAAGAUGGGACAAGGGUCUUCUCCUGGAACGUCCCUAACACAAGGCAGGAUGUGAAGCGGGCUAAAUUCGUUGCACAGAAAAACUGGAUUGUGGUGAAGCGUUACAAAGACUCCCCUCGGCUAUCAUGCUUACAGGUGUAUGGCAUACAGGCUUUGAACUUGCGGCACAUCAAAACAUUGGAUGCACCUGAUAAAAAGAUGAUAUACAACUUUGCAAUCCAUCACGUCCUACCUUAUCUCGUUGCAUCCUUUGAGGGAGAGGACAGAAACAUUUCUUUGUGGGACUGGGACAGGGGUUGGGAGGAGGUAGCAUUUGAAGGUCAUUCGGAUGAUGUACAUGAUGUGAAAUUCCAUCCAACGGAGUCGUUAAUUUGUGCAAGUGUUUCAUACGAUUGCACAAUCAAGAUAUGGGAUAUGGAACAGAGGUGUGCUUCAAGAACCCUGAAGGAUCCCAAGAUGGAGACACCUGUCAGAUUGGACUUUUGCAGUGACCACAACAAGGAGUCCCUGCUCGUCACAGGGCAUACAUAUGGCGAAGUGAGAGUGUGGGACUAUAGAAGAGGAGAAUGUAAAGCCAAGCUUCUAGGACAAUUCAGUUACAGUGUAGAUUCAUGCUUCUUUCACCCAAACUUGCCGUACAUCUUCGCCAUAAGCUAUUGGGGCGAGGGCAUAGGACUUUGGAGUGAGUCCAGCUAUCAGCAGGUUCUGCUUGAAAAGAAUCCGGGAAUAAGGUAUCCUUUCAUAGCAGUGCCUUGCAGACACUCAAAUCUGAUAAUGGUUGGGGGUCGCGGAGGGUUCGCAGUCGUCGAGGUGGUCACAAGUGGGAAGGAAAAGAAGAAGGUGGAACAAAAGCAGAGGUCGAGAUUGCUUUCUUUGGAGAAGCAAGUCAAUGAGCAAAAUUUAAUGCAGAAAGAGGAAGUCCAUGCCAAGUCUGAAUGGAAGUGGCAAAUGGAGAGAAGAGGCACAACCAAUACGGAGCAGGAAUACUCAAAAGUGCUCCAAAAACUGAAAUCGGAGCACCAGAGAAUGGAGAAGAACUGGAAGCUGAUGAUUGAAGAGUUGGAGCAAAGAUUGGGAAUGGAAGUGGGUUCAGGAGAAGUAAGGGAGUACUCUUACAAGGAGCUUCAGGAUGCGACCGACAAUUUUGACAUCACGUGCGCGUUUGGCGAUCAUGGGGAUCAAAAUGGAAGUAAUACUAUUUACCGCGGGAAACUAUGCAGCGAGGUUACCGCAAUAACAGUGAAGCAGCUCGGCGACACGGACGAUGGGCCCAAGCUUCAUCCCUCCGAGUUCCGGACAAAGGUCGUCGACAGGUUGAAGGUGCUGAGGCAUCCCCAUUUACUCACUCUGUUGGGAGUCUGUUGCGAGGAGAAGUGUCUCGUUUAUGAGCACAUGGAAAACGGAAGCAUCAAGGACUGCAUCACCUGUGGAGAGGGCCAAGGAAGACGGUGUUUGCCGUGGUACGCUCGCUUCCGCAUUAUGGCAGAGGUCGCCCGCGCGGUGUGCGUCCUUCACUCAAGUUCGCCUGCCACAGGUCACCGUGGUCAAAUCAUCCACGGUGCCAUCAAGCCGGCAAACAUUUUCCUCGACGAAAGCUUCGCCGCCAAGCUCGGUGAGGUGGAUAAGGCGUUGCUUGUCGCUGAUCACAGCCAAGGAGCGCGAAGAGGGGCUGGAGAAACUUCCAUGCGUCUUGUCCUGGGAAGUAACUCUCAGUACAUAGCCCCAGAGUAUUUUCAGUGCGGCGUCCUGAAUGAGAAGACGGACAUCUACGCGUUGGGUAUCACUCUCUUGGAGAUGUUGACCGGGAAGUUCUGGAACACACUCGGCAUUGUGGAGGACGCUAUUGAAGACGAGGCAGCUUUCAAGAAUGCUCUGGACCCGAAUGCCGGCUGUUGGGAUAUUGCUCUGGCUCAGGAAAUCGCCAACUUGGGGCUGAGCUGCGCCAGUUUCAGUAAGCAUUGCCGACCAAACAAGGUGUCCGAUGGUAUUAUGCCGGUGCUUGAGCAACAUUGCCCAGAAGGUGGCGUUUACAGGCUCUCUUAAGGACCCAUAAGCCAAGGAGUC